ACUGAUUAUGAUUUACUAGGAGUUCCAGAUACUGCAAUUGAACCGUGUCCCGGUCACAGCCCAUGCAAGUUGUUCAGCAAUCUGUGAGUGUUACAAGCAGAUCAUCAUCAUCCCCAGCGACUCCAGCCCUUCCUUCCAGGCACUUCCUUCCUUCCUCUCUUCUACUGGGCUGUAGGGAGGGCUGGGAGCAUAUAAAGUUGGGCACAAACUUUGAGACAUGACACAGACCUCUCUGUGCGGACACAUGAGGACUUCUGGCUGGGAUACUUGCACUUUCCUAAUUACCAGCCGUCCCUCUGCCUGACUGCCAGCACUGUGCUCUGCCCUUGGCUGCCUAUACAGGGACAUGAUGCUGCUGCUGCUGCUCCACACAGUCUGCGCUGCGCUCCUCUCUGCGCACUUGGCGCAUCUGGCACCGCUGGAUGAGCUGGCACUGGAGUUUGUGUGCCUGGACCAGGCCUGUUACUCUGUAUCCUGGAUGAAUAAACGGUUUGCCAAAGCAAGUAAAUCCUGCAGUGACAUCCAGGGACACUUGAUGACGGUGAAAAACUCUGUACAAGCCGAUGCAAUCGCUUUACUGAUGGGCAAAGUGGAGAAAGCUGAUGCGAGAGUGUGGAUAGGGCUGGAGCAGCCUUAUAAAAACAGAUGCACAGAUACGCUGCAGCCUCUGAGGGGAUUCACUUGGGUGACCGGGGGCAGCUACACCGAUUACAGCAACUGGAAGAGUGGAGAGCAGAAAUGCGGUGCGCUCUGCGCCACUGUGCGCAAAGAUGCGACCUGGGAGGAAAUUGAUUGCGACUCCAAAGCGGAUGGCUACUUGUGCGAGAUAAGCUACUUCUCUUCAUGUAACGCACUUACUGUACCUGCAGACUACAAUGUCACCUAUUACCACACAUCCCUUGGUUUUGGUCUUAGUGGGGGUCCUGUUUUUCCCCCUGGAACUAACGCAGUCAUAUCCACAUUCCAGGACACUCUCUUCUGCCUAGAUAAAGGUGAGAGUGGUGGGGUAUGGAGCAGUAAUGCCCCAGCAGCUUGGACUUGCUUGAUCAUGAAUGGGGGCUGUGACCAUGAAUGUGUGGAAGUAUCUGGCACCCCUGAGUGUCAAUGCCCCCCAGGAUCACAGCUCAAAGCAGAUAAACGAGCCUGUUCCACACCCUGUGACCCCAACCCCUGUAGCCAACUCUGUGUCUCACACUCAGAGUCUCCUGGCUUCUUCUGUAUGUGCUCUGAGGGCUACAACCUUGCAGAUGAUGGGACAACAUGUGAAGACAUUGAUGACUGUGCAGUCAACCCCAAUAUCUGUGAAAGCCAUUGCACCAACACCAUCGGAAGCUUUGUCUGCAGCUGCAAACCUGGUUUUGAGAUGGUUGAUGAGUGUGAGGACAGGGGUGAGUGUCAGGCAGAGUGUCAGGACAUUGACGAGUGCAUAAACCCAGCCACCCUCUGUGAGCAUGACUGUGAGAAUUAUCCAGGUGGCUACAGGUGUGUCUGUGUUGAAGGAUUUGUCAUUGAUGAGAAAAAGCCAAAUAAAUGCAAGCGGUUCUGCAACACAUCAUUCUGUGAGGCUGAGUGUGAUGUCAACAACAAGGACAAGUGCCAGUGCCCAGAUGGCUACAUAGUGGAUGAGAAUGAUGCAGGGGACCCUAUUUGCACUGAUGUGGAUGAGUGUGAUUCAGUGUCCUGUGACUGGUCCUGUACCAAUUUGUUUGGAUCAUACCAAUGUAUUUGCCCAGAAGGAUACACUGUCCAACAUACCAAAUGCAUUCCUCCAGAGGAAGGUUCAGGUGGGACAGAAACACCUUCAGAAAUCACUCCAUCUCCAUCCACCACUCCAGACAUCCCUAGCCUACAGCCAGCCAUGCUGUUAGGGAUCUGCAUUGGAAUUAUCUCCAUGUUGACUGUCCUGAUAGCAAUCCUGUGCCACAUGUUGAGGAAACAGAGCAUGGAACAGCAGGCCUUGGACUAUAAGUGUAAAAACACUGAGAAGGAUGUGGUCCUCCAGCAAGUAAAGUCAGAACCACAAAGGACACUUUAAUGUCUAAAAUACCAUAGGGGGUGAUGUAUCAAACCUUGGAGAUAAAUAAAGUGGAAAAAGAUAAAGUACCAGCCAAUCGGGAUCUAACUGCCAUUCAACAGGCUGUGUUUGAAAAAUGACAGCUAUGAGCUGAUUGGAUUGGUAUUUUAUUGCUCUCAACUUUAUCUGUCACCGAGGAUUGGUACAUCUCCCCCAUAAUGCAUUCACCCCCCCCCCCCCCCCCCCAAACCACAGUGUAACCUGUUCUACAGAGGAUUAAGACUAUUAUACAUGGUCUAGGGCUAUUAACUGUCAAGUGGGUACAUUGGGGUCACUGGCUAACCACAUGACCUCACAGAGGGGUAAUCUGAGGGUCCUUCAUGCUUCCCCAAUACACGUCACAUGUACUGGUUGAAUUCGGCUGAACUGUAGAAAUUGGGAAACUAAAUAUAAGGAGUGGCUAUACUUUUCCGCGUGUGGUUAUGGAUAUCUGUGUAAAUAAAUUAUGUAAAAUGCAGUUUACAAGAUGAGGGAUAUGGUACACUAGGUGACAUUGUAAUCUAAUGAGAUAAAGUCAUUUAGCCCACAACCAAUAUGGGAAUAAUGUGAAAAUUUGGGUUCAGGACUAACAGGGCUGCUUAUUAGGAGGUUAAGGUUAUAGUCACACAAUCUUAACAUGUGUGCGUGCAUGUGUGUAUGUAUAUGUAUAUAAAUAAAUAAAUAUAUAUAUAUAUAUAUAUAUAUAUAUAUAUUCGCCUCCAAAUGAGGUCGAGGGCACUAUAGAUCACGCUACAGGUAAAAAACAGCAA